AUGGCGGCCCUCAAAGCCUCAUCGGAAAAGAUUAUUGAUGGCUACAAGGUAACCCAUAAGAUCUUUGUGCAUACUCGGCAAAGGCUAUAAUCGAAGAGGCAGACAUACAGCUAAAAGAAGCCAAAAAAUUCAUUUAUGAUUUUGAGAAAGAAGUCAUCAAAACUUCAUACCAGGAGCGCUUUCAUGCUGUACUUGCUGAAAGAGUUAUGCGAUUUUUGGAGGAACACCUUCGCGGAAGGGUACGUACGUUUGGGAGUUUCUAGUUUCUCGAGAAACUAGUUAACUCAUCAGUUAACUUCAAACUGUUGAUUCAAAAUUAGGCGUAAUUUGCAACAAUUUUCAUAUUGUCAGCUUACUUAGAGGGCAUUUUUUAGAAAAUGCGUUACAAAACAUGACUGGCUUUUCUUACAAAGCAACCAAAUAUUUAAGAGCAACCACAAAGCCGCUAAGACAUCCAGAAAACGCCCCGACGGUUGAGAUUUGCAGCGCUCCAGUAGGUAUUGGAACGAGUUAUCUGCUCGUCUGCUUGUUAAUCCCAGUUGAUUUCUGAAAGCAGACGCAAUCAAACCAAAUUGAUUAAGAGGUGUUGUAUGCAUUCAUAGUUUAACGUUACUCUCUGCGGUGGCGACGGAGUGCAGUACUGUUAUACUUAGUGAAAAUUUGGUUGUUUACUCUGUUUUAAAAAGACAACGCCAUUGGCAUAUAUAAUUCUUACUGGAUCCAGGAAGCUUUCAUGAAUAACGUUUUUCCGCGGUCUAGCAGCCCUCCCUCCUUAUCAUUUCUGAGCUUUCCCGUGUUUCUUUAGUGUUUUGACAAUUUUUCCAAUUUGAUCAUUUUCCACUGUUUAAAUGUCCGAGCUUCUGCAGCUUUAUUGUUGAUCAAUGAGAUUUGUCCGUUAGUCGCCUUACUCCUAAAGGUCUGCCUUUAAGCUUCUGGUGACCGCGUUUUUCAUCGCGCACCUACCCACAGAAAGGCGACGGAAUAUACCCGAUAACUUAAUUCCCGGAUACAUCGUUGAAAUUUACCUCCGCCUGGCUGGUUAGGUAAACGGAGCAGGCGUUUCUUCUCAUCAGACGAUAAAUCCUGCAAUCAGACCAAUGAUGGCAUUCGUUCAACCCAGGAUCACUCUUCUACUGCUGGAGAGCGCAGUACAGCACAAGCUGUUGAGUAGUUGAUUUUGGUACUCCUUAACAAGGAAUGACAAGAAAAAGUAGCAAACGAUCCUGAUUUUAGCGGACUAUGCAUCUUCUCACCAAAAUGGUUGGAAACGUUCUGGGCAUAACAUUAGUGUCUGCGUAUGGUCCAUGGUCUUAGAAACAUGCAUCUACAAGUGUGGCGGAUUAAGCAUAAGACUUACUGAUUUGCAACUCCAUUAAAAUAUGCCGCCAUAAGAGUUUUUAACUGACUUUAAAGCUUGUUAUUUUAUCAUUUCUCAUGCGUUGACAUUACUCCUUCGAGCUGACAUUUUUUAAAUAAGUGAAAAGAUCUGAUAAAUGCAUUUCAUCGUGUACUAAAUAUCGUUCUACUUUUAUCCAACAUAAAGGAUACACUAGUAGAACAACUUCGUUUGAAGAACUCGACGCUGAAAAUUCAAAAGAAGAAACUUUUGGCACAGUUGCGGCAGAAGGAAGAAAUGGGCGAAGUUCUUCAUGAAGUCGACUUCGAACAGUUAAAAAUUGAAAAUGCUACAUUUCUUGCAUCGAUCGAUGCAAAGAAUCACGAGCUUUUGCGUCUCAAACUGACCGCCGGCAGAACACUGCAAGUUGUGAAUGCAUACAGGGUAGAAGGAAUUAUUUUUGAACGACGUAAUAUCUAGAGGAAGUUAAGCACAGUGUUACAGGAGGCCAAGGUAUUACGGUCUGAGAUCCAAACCCGGAGAGACCUGAUGGAACGUACGAAGGCUGAGAUAGAAAGUUCGAGAAAGGUAAGCGCUCAGUUGUCAAACGGUCGCUACGAAAGCGGUUCCCCUGUGCAGAAAGUUCUUCUUUUUCAUAACAGUAAGCGGAACAAAUGAGCAAAUUAGUUAACUCGACAAUUAAUUACAGUCCUAGCUGUUGUCUCCCCUACACUGGCUUUCAAGGUCUCAGACUUAACUUAAUAACCAUUAAAAAUACACCAGACUUGACGAUGUUUCUAGAAUAGUGAGUCAGAUCACGAUAAGAACAAAAGCCAAGGACCAACCUAUUUCUCUAGACGAGAGAAAGACAGACGGAAGUACAUGCCUGCCUGAUAAAAAGUCAAGGCGCAAACUCACACGUAAUAUUUUUCCAAACUUACAUCUGUGGAAUAAGAAAAACCCUGUAUCGUCUAUUAAGCGUCACAUCGAAUUAAGACCUCCUCAACAGUAUUAAGUCCGCCUUCCCAUUUAUUAAUCAAGUAGACCCCUAACUACGAAAAAUGAUCAUUUCCGUCCUGUUGUCAGGACAGAUUGAUGCACGCCACUUUCAUGUAUGCAUAUCAACCCGGCAUGUCUUUGAAGCAUGUCUACCCCACCUUUUCAGGAAAAAGAGCAGGUUGAAGCUGCUACCGCCAAUCUGAAACAGCUGAUUGGAGACUAUCGCGUGCCAGCCGCAUUCGCCUACGUGGAUUGUGUUCGAGACAUGCGCACACUGAGAAGAAAAGAGAAGAUACAUGAGCGUAAAGUGGCCAUAGCCAAGGUUAGUGAAACGCAGCAAUUGGUUGACAAAUCGCUGCAAGUCACGUUGCCUGAGAAGGCUACAUAGACUGCGGCUAAGCAUUGUAGUGUGUCCAAUAAAAUUACAAAAACCAAACACUAUAACAGUCACUGCUAAAAGGACUAUACGAAGUUGAAGAAUUUUAACAUAAACCGAGAAUAGACUUCAUUUUUAUCAUCAACGAGGAAAAAUAGACCACAUAAACUUGUGUAGGACGAAGAAGCGGUGGUCCUACGACACUAAGUGAUUUUCAAGCGACUUUACUUCCAAGGGGUUUUUAGACCCUCGAUCAGGAAAUGUUACCAUGUGCUACCUGAUCGGACUACGCCACUUUCUAUCCAUUUGGUCGAUCGACCAACAGAUAUUUGCAUUCGUUGUAGAAGUCGAUUUUGAUAAGGCGCUCGCUGGGAUAUGCACGGCAUCAGCCAAUCUAUUGAACUGACGCAUGCAUACAUCUCCGUUUUCGCUCUGCCUUGGCAACACGGUUCCAGUAAUCGCUCAGUGACAACAAUGGGCAUCAAAAUAGCUCCCGUGUUUAGACUUCCUGGUGAAGAGUGGGAGCGAUGGGUAUCCCGGCUAAAAUGCAACCCCUGCGUCUGGUUGCCAAUACCUAUAACCAAACUGCUUUUGAGCAAAUCAUCGUCCAAGCGAGGCAGCCCAUACUACAUCACACGAGCACUAGAGGUGCAUAUACGCGCCUUUUUCUGUGUCCAUUGUUCUUGCGGAUCACCGUAUAAGUGAAACCACAGAGGGCAGUAACCGCUGUCUGAGCUCUUAGCAGUGGAUUAAAAAACAGUAACACAUACGGGGUGCUCUACAUGCCGUCUGACCUCUAACGAAUCCCUUUUUGCACUUUCGCAUUACGUUACGUGAAUUCCCCCAUAGUACAUUUGCAGGGACCAAAUCUCAAAAAACUUUAAUUGGCGGACAAUAAAGGCAUCAAGUUCUAACUGACGAAAAGACUAAUGGUCUAUCCUGUGUUUCGACGUCCACCCAUAGAAAAUUAGGUAGAUAGACAUCAGAAGGGUAUGUCUCUUCCUAUUUCCUUGCCGAGUACUUUUCACUUCGUUGCAAAUUUCAUUCCAAAAGAACUAUACCCUCGGAAGAUUUAAAACCAGAUUCUCGCUGAAAAAAAACACUACGAACUACUCUUUAUUUUGUUUCAGAUUACCCUUCAAAGACACCGAAAGUUGUGGGCUGAGGCUCUGCGAUCACGAGGAAUCAAACCAUACUAG